AUGCCUCCCAAAACCGCAAACACGUCCUCUGGACGAACAGGGGAUGGGCCGAAGAAAGUGCACAUCGCCGACACCCCCGUCACCCUGCGCAACUGGCACCAACACAUCGACUGGCUCAAUGUCAUCAUGAUCAUCGGAAUUCCCCUCUACGGCUGCAUCCAAGCAUUUUGGGUUCCCCUGCAGUUCAAAACCGCCAUCUGGGCCAUCGCCUACUAUUUCUUCACCGGUCUAGGCAUCACAGCUGAACCCAAUCCUAACCUCACCCGAAACGGCGCAGGAUACCACCGUCUCUGGUCCCACAGCUCCUACUCCGCGACGCUCCCGCUCCGCAUCUGGCUCGCCGCCGCCGGAGGCGGAGCCGUCGAGGGCUCGGCGCGGUGGUGGUCCCGACUGCACCGGGCGCACCACCGGUACACCGACACCGACCAAGACCCGUACUCGGUGAACAAGGGCCUCUUCUACUCGCACUUCGGGUGGAUGAUCUUCAAGCAGAACCCGAAGCGGAUCGGACGGACGGACAUUUCGGAUCUGAACGAGGACCCCGUGGUGGUGUGGCAGCACCGGCACUACCUCCUCGUGGUGGCGGUGAUGGGCAUGGGGGUGCCGAUGCUGGGCGCCGGGCUUUGGGGCGACUGGUGGGGCGGCUUCGUCUACGCGGGCAUCCUGCGCAUCUUCUUCGUGCAGCAGGCCACCUUCUGCAUCAACUCGCUGGCCCACUGGCUGGGCGAGCAGCCCUUCGACGACCGCAACUCCCCGCGCGACCACGCCAUCACCGCCCUGGCCACGCUGGGUGAGGGCUACCACAACUUCCAUCAUGAGUUUCCCUCCGAUUACCGGAAUGCGAUCCAGUGGUAUCAGUAUGACCCCACCAAGUGGAUGAUCUGGCUGUGGAAGCAGAUGGGGCUCGCGUAUGAUUUAAAGGUGUUCCGCGCGAAUGAGAUUGAAAAGGGGAGGGUGCAGCAGAUGCAGAAGAAGGUCGAUCAGCGGCGCGCGAGGUUGGAUUGGGGCACGCCUAUCAAGGACUUGCCUGUGUUGGAGUGGGAGGAGUAUGUGGAGUUGGCGAAGAGUCGGGCUCUUGUGGCGGUGGCCGGGGUCGUGCAUGAUGUGAGCCAGUUUGUGGAGGAGCAUCCCGGGGGACGGGCGAUGAUCAAUGCUGGCAUUGGAAAGGAUGCGACUGCUAUGUUUAAUGGGGGUGUGUAUUAUCAUUCGAAUGCGGCGCAUAAUCUUCUGUCGAUGAUGCGCGUCGGGGUCAUUCGAGGUGGGAGUGAGGUGGAGAUAUUGAAGCAGUCGCGGAAGGGGGAAUAGAAGUUGGUUAAAUACAGGAAAUGAUUUGUUUAUUACCGUUUACAAUGCAGG